AUGACCGAUGCAAAUAGAACAAUCAAUGUUCUUGACUUUGCCAGUGCAGUGCACAACAUACUUAAGAAGAGGGAAAGGCUGUUUGGAGCCAACAAGACCAUUCUAUUUACACUUUUCUCCAGCGCUUUGGUUAUGAUAUUCCAAGGCGAAAACUACAAGAAUCUAUGCUUGUCAAUAAUCGUCGGGCUGUGCAUGCUGGCCGUGGAUCCGAAGGUGCACGUCAGACUCUUGGGCACAAGUCUUGGACAGAGAGGAUUGCGUUCAGCAGCAGUAAGCCUUCUGAACAAGAUCUUUUUAAGUGAGCUGCUGUUUUGCAUUUUGUGUCUUUUGAUUGCAAUCACAGCCAAUAUGUGCGUAGUUCCAAUGGUCUGGAUCUUCGCAGUCUCUAUAGGCAUCUCUUUUCUCAGGAAAGUCUUUACUGAGGAUUUGGCUAUGACAAGCAUGGGAGACAUUCUCUUACAUCUAGGAUUCUUGCUUCUACUAAUUUUUUCUCUCCAAAAUCCUAAGAAAUCGAAAAUAGUCGUAUACUCUGUUUUCUUUAGCUUUUCUGGGUCAGUCAUUUUGUGGAUCGUCCUCGAGGCGAUUCUAAAUGAAAACCUUGGAUUUAGUCGUGUGUGCAAUGCAUUUUUCAAGAGUGGACUCGUGGACUUCCUUGGGAUGCCCCAGUUGUAUCCUUUUAUGCUCUUGAUGGUUGCUGGCGUUUUUUCCCAGAUAAGAAUCAAUACCUUGUUGUUUGCAGAUGGAAAAAGGCGCUUUGGAUCAAUCAUUAUUAAGAGAAGUGAAAAUAAAGUAAUAGAAGUGUGA